ACUUAGAUCCAAAAUAUAAAUUUAACUGGCAAAUAGACAUCUUAAUGCCAAAAAAAUCAGUAAAUGGCAUUUGGUUCAACCGUUGAUUAUACACACUGUAUAUAAUCAAUGUCAAUAACAACACCUGGCGUAACACUAGCCACAGAUUUGAACAAUUGUACUUAACCUUACAAAAUCCAAAUUAUUACUUUAUGGUGAUUUUUGAAUAUGUGAUACAAAAAUGUCCAGCUGCUCUACAAAAUGUGGCAAAAAGGCCGUUUUAAAGAGGCCUAAAACUGGAGACGUUCUCUGCAAAGAGUGUUUCUUUGAAGCUUUCGAAACUGAAAUACAUUUCACAAUCACGAGAGCUAAACUAUUCAAAGCGGGCAUGACGGUAGCCGUGGCAGCCUCUGGUGGUAAAGAUUCGACAGUUCUCGCAUAUAUACUCAAAAUUUUAAAUGAACGUUUUAAUUACGAUCUUAGACUCGUUUUAUUAUCCAUCGACGAAGGUAUUACAGGCUAUCGAGAUGAUAGCUUAGAUACUGUAAAGAGAAAUCGUGACGAUUACGAUAUGCCUUUGACGAUUUUGUCGUACAAGGAUUUAUACGGAUGGACCAUGGAUGAGAUCGUCGCUGAGAUUGGUCGCAAAAAUAAUUGCACAUUUUGUGGCGUGUUUCGAAGACAAGCACUUGAUCGUGGUGCUGCGUUAUUAAAGGUCGAUUGCAUCGCUACCGGCCAUAAUGCGGAUGAUAUAGCGGAAACUGUCCUAAUGAAUAUCUUGAGAGGGGAUCUGGCACGAUUAAAUAGGUGUACUUCAAUAAUAACGGGACAUGGUGAUGGUAUAGCUAGAGUGAAACCAUUGAAAUACACGUACGAAAAAGAAAUUGUUAUGUACGCGUACUUUAAACAGCUGGUUUAUUUCUCAACGGAGUGUAUAUUUGCUCCAAAUGCAUAUCGUGGGCAUGCCAGGGUAUUAUUAAAAGAUAUGGAGAAGAUCGAUCCUGCUGUUAUAAUGAACAUUAUUCACUCUGGCGAGUCUUUAACUGUUAAUGAAGAAGUAAACAUGCCAACUCUUACAAAGUGUUCACGCUGUAAUCAUGUGUCGUCUCAAACAGUUUGUAAGGCGUGUGUGCUGCUUGAAGGGUUAAAUCGAGGAUUACCCAAGCUGGGUAUAGGAAAAUCCAGUAAGGCAAAAAAGAUGAUAGCAGAACAUGACAAGAAAAAGUAUGAGUGUUCAUCAAGCGCUGAAAAUAAACAAUGUAUAUGCAAAAAUGAUCCAGUAGGUAAUAGCAUUGAUAGGAAAAAUGAUGUAACUUGGUGAAUACUUCGUUUUAAUUAAAGAUAAUUAUUUUGUACAUGUU